AUGUUCAAUGAUCCUCCAUCAAACCCUUCCAACCCAUUCUACUAUCCAGCUCCCUUCAAGCCAAAUCUCAGAAACAUCACAAAUGAACCACAGAAGAAGACCACUUCAUUGUUGAAUCAAAAAAGUCAAUCCUUCCCACCACAAUUGAUAGAGUUGAUUGAACACCUUCAUAGGUAUGUUAAUAAACUAAAUUCAACAUACAUGAAUGUUGCCUUAGUUUACAGAUAUGAUACGUUAAAUUUAACAUACUGUAGUAGUAUAAUAAAUUAAAUUUCUCCCUUAGUAGGGUGGAAAUAUAUAUAUAUAUAUAUAUAUAUAUAUAUAUAUAUAUAUAUAUAUAUAUAUAUAUUUAUAAUAUAGCAUUUGUAAAUUCUGAACGCUGAUUGACUAAGAGCCGUGUUGAUAUUACUCAAUGUCAACACGGGAAAUUUUCCGCCGCUUGUAAACACGGAAAUUUUUCUUAUCCUUCGGGCUUUUGACAUUGUUAUAUUAUAAGAAAAAUAUAAAACAUUUUUAGUUAUAUCAGUUAUAUCAACACUCGUGGAAGUUGGGAAAACUCGAAAUUGUAUGAGAACACUCCGCCCUUCGGGCGUCGUGUUUCCAUGCAAUUUCUCGUUUUCCCAAUUCCACUCGUGUUGAUAUAACUGUAUAUCAACACGGAAAAUGUUUUAUAUUUGUUAAAUAUAAAUCUUUAUAUAUCCUAAAUAAAAAACCCCAAUAGGUCUCAUGUCAUCCUCUGCCAGUUUCACACAAAUCUUACCUAUUUUAAAAUGCCCCCAAACAUCUCUUUUAGUGCAUGGAAUAUCCAUGGUCUAGCAAGCAAGGUUCUUGGUGAUAAAACUAAAAACAAGGACUUUGUUGAUAGUGCUAUCAAAAAUGACUUCUUGUUUUUAAACGAAACAUGGUCAAACACAGAAAUUAAUGUCCCUGGUUUUAAGGCUUUUGUCUCGGAUACUGCA